AUGCCUACCCAUGAUAUUCGCCUCACCACUCAUCAUAGCCUACCUACAUGUUAUUUAGAUUUCUAAGAAGUUUAAUCUUUUUUAGUUUUCUAAUUAGUAUUUAAGGCAUUAUUAAGGUUAAAGCAGAGAUUUAAGUAUAAUAAUUUUAAUAAUUGAAACGUAAAGAAGCAGAUACCGAUAAAAUAUAGACAGUAAGUAAGUUAGUUUUAUCGUAAAAAGCAAAAAUUUCGUGGCAAGUGUUCGGGCAGAGCCAGAAGAAAUUUUUCGAAGAGAAAAUUUUUCCCUGCGUGAAGUGAUUUCGGUAAAGGGAAGAAGAAGAAGAAGCAGUAAGGGUAAUAGGAAAGCAAGGCAAGAAGCUUGCUCGGAAAUCCCCGCGCGUGUGGUGAAGAAGAAGCCAAGAAGUUUCGUUCGGGAGUGAGUGGAUUAUUGGUUCAGCCAAAAUUAGUGCAUUUAGGAUGCAUCCGUCGAAGAAGAUGAACGCGGCGGAGUUAGACGAUCACGAGAAGGGAAAGUUGUUUGUUGGUGGAUUGUCCUGGGAGACAACGCAGGAAAAUCUGCAGCACUAUUUUGGCCGCUACGGCGAGGUCAUUGACUGUGUGGUGAUGAAGAACAACGAAACGGGCCGGUCUCGUGGGUUCGGAUUUGUGACUUUCGCCAACCCGGAUAACGUGGAGCGCGCGCUGGAAAAUGGACCGCAUACGUUGGAUGGCCGGACGAUCGACCCGAAGCCGUGUAAUCCCAGGUCUCUGCAUAAGCCGAAGCGCACCGGUGGCUAUCCGAAGGUGUUUCUGGGAGGAUUGCCGCCAAAUAUCACCGAGACGGAUCUGCGCAGCUUCUUCAGUCGGUAUGGUAAUGUAAUGGAAGUGGUUAUUAUGUACGAUCAGGAGAAGAAGAAAAGCAGGGGUUUUGGUUUCCUCUCGUUUGAGAACGAAGCUGCUGUGGAGCGCGCAACGGCGGAACAUUUUGUAAACAUCAGUGGCAAGCAGGUGGAAAUUAAGAAAGCUGAACCGAGAGAUGGCAGUGGUAACAAUAACAGCAUGAAUGCCGAUUCCUAUCAGUGGGGAUCUCCGCAGGCUCCACCGAUGGGCAAUGGACAGAUGGGAGGCCCGCCAAUAAAUAUGCAGUCGAAUAUGAUGCAGGGUUAUCAGGGCUGGGGUGCCUCGCAACCUCAGCAGGGCUAUGGAGGCUAUGGAGCCUCGGCUGGAGCGGCCAACGCAUACCAAGGUUGGGGAGCUCCUCCACCACAGCAAUGGGGUAAUUAUAAUGCUACCCCUCAGCAGACUCAAGGGUAUGGUGGAUAUGACAUGUACAACAGCUCCGGGGCUGGAAGUGCCGGUGGUUAUGGAUCCGGAAACUGGAACUCGUGGAAUAUGCCACCCAAUACUGGCUCGACUGGUUCGGCGGAUAUGUACUCGAGGCCACAGUCUGGUCCGACGACAGGUCCUGCUGGAUCGGCUGGCCCAACUGCGGGAGGCCCAUCGAAGCCCGGAUCGGAGUACGGCGGUGGUUCGGCGUAUGGUUCCGGAGCGGCCGGUGGCUACGGAGGAUACUAUCAGAACGAGCAGAAUACGGCGGCCGCUUACAACAACCGGCCUCGGUCAGCUUAUGGCGGUGGUAACGAUGCCACCUCGCAGCCACCUUAUCCAGCAUUUUGAGAGAUGACGACGAGCAGGAUGCAACCGCCGCAGCAGCCGCAGUCGAUGCAUUUUGCGCAGCCCCAAAACAACACAACCACGACGGCGGCGGCGGCGGCAGCAGCGGUCGCAGCCUCCUUCGAUCGAAGUUUGAUUGGAACGAAAUCAUAAGAAGAAGGAAACGAUUGAUUCUUAUUUUUUAAUAUUGAAGAAAAGAAAACUAAUUAUACAUAUAUAUUAGAAUGAAAAAGCACUAUCUAAGGAAGGGAGAACAAUUAUACAUAUAUUAUUAAAAGAGAAGAAAUAAAAAAACCGCAAAGAAGUUUAAAUUAAAUCAUACACUCACACAAUUGGAAAGAAGGCAAAGCAUAAAAGCAUAGACAUAAAUACACAUCUAUCUAAUAUAUCUUUAUUGAUUAGUGUUAGGAGAGAGGCAGAAAGAAAAACAAAAACGAAGAAAUUCAAAGGAGAAAUUGUUUAAACUAUUGAUUACUUGAUAAAUAAAAAGAAAACUUGAAAAUAAGAUAUAAACAGUUGUUCAGAUGUUAAUAAGAUUCAACAAAGAGAGAGAAAAAACAGUACACUGAUAAAUGGAAGCAAACAAAACACAAACACACACACACAAACCCACACACUCACACAGUGACACAUUUGAAUUAGUAAAACAAAUCUAGCACUCUCAGUAAAAUACAUAAAUUCAAUCGUAUUUAGAUGAAAGCAAAUUUUUCGAGGGUAGCUCUCUCGUUGGAACUCGGCGGCUUGCUUCACAACACUUUCCAGGUGUGGAGAACCAGUUGAACAAGGUUCCAUCGGGGCAGCUGCCCGAGGCUCACUCUUAAGCAUUAGUCCCUCGUUAUUGAAGUCGAAAAUAAAGAGCUGACUGAGGAAAAAUGAAAAUGAUGGCAAAAAAAAAUUGUAAAAAGCGUCACUCAGAGAAAAAAAAACAUGCAAAACUCUAGUAAAUUUAUUUCUUUUUCUAAAACAAACCAUUUGCGACAACCCACUAAAAUCCAUUGCGCGUGGUGUAGGAUGAGAAAACAAAACAAAUAAAAAAAAACAGUAAAACCCCCAACACAACUUUUUUUUUCUAGAACGGAACGAUAAGGAUAUACAUUACUAUACUUAAUCAGGUACCCAUAAUAAUAGCGAAAAAAAAGCGAGAAGAAAACACUAUUCUUCCGAGGAGAGUGAUGAGCGCGUCCUUUUUAAGUAAUUGUGUAAAGAAAAAAGUGGCAGGUGAUGAUUGUUUCGCGUUUGAUUUUACGACUUUUGUUUCUUUGUUAUUAAGCUUACUCCCUAAGGAAACAAUGAAGAGACUCAGAGCUAAAGCCUGUUUAUUUUUUAAUUUUUUAAGUUUUCGUCGUUCUUGUUAAGGACUUAAUAUUUAUCCGGGAUAGAAUUAACAAAGUCCAGCGCCCGCCCCGCCCCCUCUUAAUAGGACAAAAAAGCAGCAGACAAAUGCAACACAACAGGCAAAGAAAGUUUUGUGCGCGCGAAAAACUCUUAGAGAUAUGUUUCAUUUUUUAAAUUUAGAACCCUCGCAAGCGAGUAAAUCAACACAAAAUCACACUCUUGUAAUCUUAGAAGAAAACUGCAACAACGUAACAUGAGGAAUGGUAAUGUGUUUUCAAAACAUAAAUAUUAACGAAGAACUCUUUGAUCACUCGUGUUCAAGCUUAACUUUAGAAGAAAAGGGAUAAUGUUUGUUUUUUUUAAAACUAACGAUAACAAAAUGAUGAGAUAAUAGAGACAACCUGACGAGAAGAAAGAGAGUCUAGCGAAUAAUUAUUAUGGGUAAGUUUGAUAAGACAUAAGUAAACCUACAAAAAUAAAAAAACUGAAACCAACAAAUUAGUGAUGCGAACGAUAGGAAAUAAAGUCUCUCCCCAUUUUUUGUAAGGAAUAAAACAUGUAAACUACAAGUUUAAAAUUAAAAAAAAUUACAGCUGAGUCGAGUACACUUCAACUGAUUAGUAAUGCCAAGCAAAUAGAACCGGAAACCGGAAGAGUUUUCUUGCGUUUUUGUUUUCCAAACGAAGAGAGAUGCAAAGCUAGAACAAGAAAUAAGUUACUUCUAAUCCUAAUCUAGAGUCUUUUGAAAAUAGUGAAAGAAGAAGAAAAUGAAAAAAAUGAAGAUAAAGAGGAAGACACACGAUUACAAAACUGAUUACACUAAGAGCAUUCAUUGAUAUACAUUGAUAAUAUAGAGCCAGAUUAAGAAGACAGAAGAAGAAGAGCAGAGAGACGAGAGUGAAAAUUCUAUUGGAACAAAGUUAAACAACGUGAAGAGAAAAGCGGAAGAGCCUCCUUUUGUGUGUUUGAUUUCUUCGUCGGGACUUGUACAAAGAGUGCGUUAAAGAAGAAGAAGAAGUGAAAAACAAAGUUCGAUAAGUUGAUGGAUUAAUGUCUUUAAUUAGUUUUCUAACUUUCUGUUUCCUUUCUCGUUUACCUGUUUUGCUUUCCAAGCCGAAGGAGAAACAUAACGAUUAAUUACAAGUAACUACAGCAGAAAAUCAUUAGUAAUCAUAUUUAAUAAUAUAAACUACAAGAAACAAAAUAAGAUUUAAUCUAUAUUCACUAUUUAGAAGAACAAGCUGGAUGAGGGUGUGAGAUUUUUUUCUCUUUAUUUUAUUUCUUUUUUUUUAACUGAAUAUACUACGUUUAUCGUCACUUAUCAUUUCGUUUAUUUUUUUUUGCUUUCUCUCGGUAUUCCUGAUAUGAUACAUAGAUAUGAAAACAUUAUUUUUUGGUGUAUUGAAGCAGUGGAGAUAACCUAAAUAUUUUUGAAGAUAAUUAUUCUGAUUCUUUCCUUCUGUUCAAUUAUAACUAGAAGAAGGUUUAAUAAAGUGAGAAAAUGACAAAAAUUCGGCUGCUUUUGUUUUUAUUUUAGCAAAGAAAUUCGUUUAGGUUUUUUUUUGGAUCUUGAUUUUUCUUUCUGUUUGGCUGGCGACAGCAGGCUUUGGUUUCGGAUGGUGCGAAAAAUUGGGCUGACCAAGAUCAUGGUGGGUAGAAGUGCGUACAGUAGCUGUUCAGUGAUUAAGCUAGCAGUAGGCAGUGGACAGAAGAAUUAUAAUGUGAUUUAAUAAGGUGAAAUUGUUGGGAGUUCCGGUGAGCUGUACUAAGUAGUGUGAAAAAGUGCAGCUUCACAACAUCGUCACAAAUGUUUGUGGAUAUUGAAAUCAUUUUUUCGGCGAGUUUUUUCUUGAAAUAACACAAAAACAUAUAAUAUAGUGAUAUUUUAUUUUCUAUGAUAGCUUUUCCUAGCGAAUAAUUUGUUUUCUGCAAUGUAUAUGAAUCAGACAUUCUUGUUCGAGGACGAACGACUCUAUUGAGAGCUUUCUUUUCCAAAUAAAUAUUCUUAUUUGAACGCAUUUGGCGUUAGGGAGUUAAAUUUUUUCAACAAUUAUGCUUAUGAAUUGCGAUAAUAAUAUGUAACUGCUUAGUCGCGUUUGACUCGAGGUUAUUAUUUCAAUGUGUUGUUUGUAAUUAUAAUUUUGGUAUCUCGCAAUGCUCUGUGGCCGACACGGGAUAUUUUAUUGAGAUAAAGCUGACCAUUAAUCAGCAACGGACCCUAUUUUGGAAUUUUUUUUGGAUGGUGGUUUAAAAAUAAGACAGAUAAUUGAGUUUGAUAAAUUUCCCAUGGAAAGUAAUUAUAUUAGCUCACUUGCAAAAAAAAUCUACGCCCUUGCAAGUGGCCUUCCGGCAGUUAGCCGGAACAUUCGCCAUGGCGGACGAAAACAUGGAUGUAGGCAUGUUUUUGACUUAUUUCUUUGUUUUAUUAAUCAAUUCCUUCUCAGUGUUUGCGACAAAAUUGUUGGAGUAGAUCUUACGCUUCAGGUUUGCCUAGGAAUUCUCGAUGGGACGCAGCUGGGAGACGUUGGGCGAGUUCGCCGACUUGGGUAACACAUCGAUAUUCAGCCGCUCCAUCUUCUCUAAUGAUCGUUUCGAGUAGUGUGCCAACGUCAGAUCCGGCCAGAACACUGCGUCUUCGCUCUUAUGGUAUUUCUCGAUGAACGACGCAACUUCCGGCAGGCACUAUAAAUUUCCCCGUUCACGGCCAGUCCGGAGCUAAAGAAGAGCGGCUUUGACAUCCGUUUCUCGCUGAUUGUCAGCUACAGCAGCACCUUCUCAGGGACCUUGGUGUGUAAAAUAAACUUCACUUCGGAGCUCACUUCCUUCGUGGGGGAAGUAAAAUACGAAGUGCCAUGCCAGUCGUUGCCACCCAGGGUGAGACAGGUCUCGUCGUCCAUCACCACCGCCACGUUGCGAUUCGCCGGGAAAAUCAACUUGUUCAACUUGAGCUGCAGCUCCGAUACCGGGCUUUCUUACGAUGCUCUGAUUGUUGCCCCGUAGUGCCAAGAUGUUGUAGAUGCCAGAACGGGCGUAUCUGGCGUCCACAAAGUGCCACACGAUGUCCGUUUUCGACGUGGCGGGGUACCGUUCUUUGAAGGCUCACACUUCUGAACGGAGUAGCUACACUGUUUUCUCCAUCACAGUUAGAGUUCGAUGGAUAGAGCUGUCAAUUUUUUUCUGCUGACACAUGGGUUACUACAACUGAUGCUGCAUCGAGGGAUCCAGGAUAGAAUGGUCACUGGCAAUUUUGGUUUGCGUUGUUUGCGUCUGUAAAGAGUUGUGUAUGUAUUGACGUGACUAAGUAAAUGUUUAUCGAUCGGAUAGGAGGAAUAUGGGACAAGGAUACAACGGAUGAAACUUCAUUAAGUGCGAUUUACAUAUAACAUCUACGUCGCGUUCACGCCACGUCACGUUACGUCAAUUAUUCUCCCAGGUAAUUCUUAUGAAAACAUUCACAGACACUAGCAACGGCAAGUUAGCCGUCGGCAAAAUAAGUCCAAGAGAAUAGUUGAUGGAACGGUGACAGGACGUUGUAUGUGUAGCGCACAUUAAACGUUGACAUCGACGUUUCUGAGGAAAAGGUAUAAAUGUUUAGAGAUAUCACGUGAAUGAAAUCACGACCUACAUUCAUCCCUUGAACCAUGCUCGACCGAACUCAUUUUCACUCCACAUGCGCUACCAAUUUCGAAUUCAGGCAGCUCACACUCCCUUUUAAAAUCGAGCCCAUGAGAAAAGGCGUUCGAAGGACAGUGGCUUCCCGACUAAACUUUAACACACAUAGGAUCACUGUAUUCAACUGCUUUAGCAUGACCAGGGUGCCCUAGCUUUAAUUUGCAUCCUGCGACAACAAACGAAAUAAGCUUAGGUUUAGCAGCCAUGACAAAAUCAUGAUCCGAUAGAUUAGCGCGAUAUACGAGAUGAAUAAAUAGGUGCCUGCUUAACGGCUGCUGUUAAGCUAAUUACAACACGUGCUGUAUCAUCUUGGCUCAGGAAACAUUGUAUCAGAUCUAACUUCACAUUAUUUCUCCAAAUAGAUCGUUGGAAUUACAUAAGAGCUUAAAUGAAUUGGGACUCCAUUAAUUUGUUGAUGCACGGCUAGAUAAAAAAAUGACAGGAGAAUUGUCCAAAUACGGGAGAUAAACUUGGUUGGAGAUUCCUACUGAAGGGUGCACUUCUUGAGUAAAGUCCUUAUAAUAUAAAGAUUUGGAACUUGUCUGAGGAGUCAGUAGGAGUAGAUUAUCAAAGUUAUCAAUAUCACUAAUGAAUUAAUGAUCUGACAACGGAUGAGAAAUCUGUAAGAUAAUUCUGUGAACCUCUGCGAAGCUCUGCCAAUACUUCGAGACUCAUCGUAUGUGUCGAAUGCAAAGAUCCCAUGGCUAUACGUAUGCAACGAUAUUGUAUCUUCUCCAGCUUGAGCAUAUGCGAUCUGGCAGCAGAUUGGAAGCAAAAGCUCGUUGUUUUGUAUAGCCUAAUGGGUCUCCUGAAUGGACACCCCAGCAUGUCCCGGUUAGUGUUUGAAGAAAGUUGAUUCUUUGCUGGCAUAUCUGUUUCAGAUACACAAUGUGUAUUCCAGCAAUCAAUAGACAAACAUAGAGAGCAUGAUUGUUUUGCUGGAUAGGAGAAGCUGGAAUCGGGCUGGAUCGUGCUCUCUAGAAAAAAAACAAGAAUUUCGGUUUUCUCCGUAGAGAACUCGAUACCCAGUUUGAGAGCCCACGUCAACAGGUUGUUCAGAGUAUCUUGGUCAGGAACCUUACGGUAGGCACCUAGAACUAAUAGGAGUACCGGUAAGUUUCUUCAUUUUUUAUCAACAAAUUAUGCUUUAUUCUGCAAAAAUGGUUACAAAUUUAAUAUUCAAAGUAUUGCCCAUCGGUAGUCACAACUUUUUCCCAUCUUUCUGGCAAUUCACGGAUCCCUUUGCGGAAAUAAUCGGUCGGUUUGUCGGCUAACCACGAAUCGAUCCAAUUUUUGACAUCAACAAAAUUGGAAAUGCCGAACCAGGCAAUGUUGCAUCGAUCGAAAAAGGUAGUAAUCGGACGAAGCAAUGUCUUGAGAAUACGCCGGGCGGGAUAGGGCCUCCCAUUUCAGCGUUUCGAAGUAUGUUUUGACCGGUUUCGCGACAUACGGUCGCGUAUUGUCGUACUGCAAAAUAACUUUAACGUGUCUUUGCUCGUAUUGUGGCCUCGUCGGUAGAGGUUCCCCGUAAUGGUUUCGUUCGGUUUUAGCAGCAUAGUACACCACACCCAGCUGGUCCCACCAAAUAGACAGCAUAACCUUUUCAUCGCCAGUAACAAUACGAUGCAAAAACCCUUUCUUUUAUGUGGUUGGAGCAGUUUUUCGCACGUGAAAAAACGGCGUUCGACGUCUCGUGGCUUCAAUUCAUACGGUACCCAAUGUCCUAUCUUUCGGAUCAUUCCCAUAGCUUUUAAACGAUAGGAUUUGUGACGGAUCUUGAUCGAGUAGAGCCUCCAAUUCUUCAUCUUCAAACUUUUUUGGCGGUCCGGAAGGUUCUUCGUCUUCCAAGUCAAAAUUACCACUUUUAAACUGUGUAAACCACGUCUGACACGUUCGCUCAGUUGGAGCAUGGUCACCAUAAACUUCCAUCAAUAUGCGAUGACUUUCCACAGAUUUUUUCUUCAUAUUGAUGUAAUGAAGUAACACUCCCCGCAAAAACACACUACUUGAAGUGGCAAAAAACUAUGUUGUUUACGCUUCAACUUUUUGACAUAUAUGGAGAUUUGAUUCACUGGAAUAAUAAUCAUGUUACGCCAUCUGUUGUAAAACCGAAGAAACUUACCGGAGCUGCCAUCAGAGAAGAUCAUGUACUUUUCUGGCGUUAAAAACCUUUGCUGAAAUCAAACUGCGUGGCUGACAGCAAAUCGUUCGUUUUGAUCCACUUGUCCAAACAAAGUAGAAUUAUUUUCUUUAACAACUUACGAAUACAGGAUGACAUGGCCUAUGGCCUAAUCGACCUAUACGAAUUGUGAUCGCAAGCCGGCUUGUUGGGGCUUCGUAUGGAUGUUACUCUUACUUGUCUCCAGUCGUUGGAAUUCAAGUCGAACAAGUUCAGCAAAUGCUGUUUCGCCAAGUUGGGAAAAUUCUUCUACAAGUUCUAUUUGCUUUUAUCCGACCCCGGUACUGAAUUGUUACAUGAAAGGAGGGUAAUUCAGAACUUCACCAUCGAAAAAUUCUUAUUAUCGUAUCGCGACCUCCCUUGACAAACUAUUGACGAACUUCCGUCAAUAUCUACGCUUUUUCGCCUCAAUCAAACUAUUUAGUUCUAGGAUUCGGUACUUUCGAAACCACUCCACUAUCCCAUUUUUCCUGAAUUUGAAAGCGGAUAAUUUCUCGAGCAUUGUUUGUUCCACCAGAGUUAAAGGGGACGACGUUAAAAAAUGGUAACAGGGACAGAUCGAUACUGUCUUAUGAUAAUGAUCGAUGUUAAAAACGCUUUCAAUAGCGCCAUUUGGGAGGCUGAGUUGUCUCACCCAAUGACGGUCUCUGGUCUGUGAUCUCUGGAACCGAUUUCUGAUUUAAGAAACAUCGCUAGGGCAGAGAUCGAUGGAGAUCACGGAAAAAGUUUCACAUGGCUUUUCAUUCUUGGGCCUACGCUUCGGAACAUACUGUUCGACGAUGUGUUGACGCUGAAGAUGCCCAGAAGUGUUGGUUUCGUGGAUGACGUCGAUUUAACAGUAGCCGGCAUCAUCUUUGCGAAUGCUAUAAACAUAAAGACGUGGUAUUUGUAUGUGUAUGUCGACCUAUUAGCUUUAACAAAAAGUUAUGUUAGUUUGAAUUUUGGCGCUUGGAAAUUGUUUCAAAUCAACUGAUUGACACAUGGUCCACUCUGUCUGCACAUGAUAUAGAGCCUUAUCGCCAUGGUUAUUAGCACAUGGUCUGCUCUGGCUGCAUACUAUGAUAGGUUUUCGUUGAUCAAUCAUAACGAUUUCGAUCCGUUUUUCGUGCUGUCUGCAUGAUUUUCCAAAAUUGAUGAAUGUGGGGUGUAGUUUACGAAAUGCUUAUUCUAAUGCAAUCAAUAACUCGAUUUUUAAAAUUUUGCGACUUGGUCCGCUCUGACUUAACACCAACCAAUUGUGAAUCAUUUGAAUCAUCGAAAGGUGCAUAUCGAACAUUCUAUCAGGAUUCUAUUGUGGAGGAUCAGACAUUACCAUUGAUCAGGUCUAUAAACUCGAUCACCGUUGACUACUACGAUUUAAACGAGGCUCAUGUACCUGUACUGAAAUAGUUGUCGCAUGUUAUGAGUGCGUUAAUUAACUCCACUUGUCAGAGAUAAGCAAAGGUACAUCGGAGUAAUAGUUUACAACCAUCUGCAAAACAACAAAAGUACACAUCUCUCCCAGUCUUUGUUGGAAUGAUUCACCGUAAAAUCAAUUGCACCGAUUAGGUAGCUCUUUGAGGAUUAAGUUUAUCUUCCCUUCAAUAGUUGUCGACCUGCUAAGGGACAAAUUGUUUUUGUUUUUGUGCCCGUCGUCGCCAUCCAAGCAUAUUGAGGGCGUCUCCAGUGCUCCGAGAGGUUGAAUUAAACGAUCUUGGAAAACUAACUAACCUACCUGUACCGUGAGUCGCCACCAGCCGGAUAGAAACUCGUUGGGACAAAAACAAUUCUUUCAGCUAAUUGAAGCAAAAAAAUAUAUUUCUAGACUUAUUAUAUAAAAAAAAGAUAAUAUUGCCACGGUUGAACACAAUUCAGCGAAACAUGAGGGUGAAUGUAACAGAUUCAUGCCGAUUAUGGAUUCGAUUUUGUGUUCUGUAAAGCUACCCAUCCAUAAAAAUUCAUUUAUUAAGUUAGCAUAUCCCAGAUGGAACAGAUUUAAUGACAGAGGUAGUAGAAGCUAGCAGAACUAAUACAAAAAACCCUACAAAAUAAUAUUAAAAAUGUACGCUAAGAUUGAAGCUAUAAUCAAAAUCAAUAAAAAAAAAGAAGAUGGAGUGUUUGUACAGACACGUUUUUGUUGUAUUUUUUACAGGAAGCCAAACACAAGUGAGGUUGGAAAAUACCUGAGACGAUUUGGAAUGAGGCGAACAAACAAUUUAGUAUGAAAAUAGGGCAAUUGAAAAGACUGGUUAUUCUCAACAUUUGAAUUAAGAAAUUGUACGAGACGGAGUAAAAAAACACUAGGGAUAAAAUAGCAGCAUAAGGCAGUCAGUUUUAGGUUGAUCUCCUGUUCCCCACAGAUCUUUGAGUUUUGUUAGAUAAAAAUACUGUCAACGGAAGAAGUCAAGAGCAGAUUGGCUAGAUAACUAGAGCUAGGACAGUUUUUUGUGAAUAAAGUUUGUUGUUUUUCUAUCAGCAGGAGCCAUUUCGUAUCAAAUAGGGAAAUAGAAUAACACAUAAUGCGAACGUGGAAGAACUCAACAGUGUUGCUUACGUUUUGCUUCACCGAACUUGUUUUUGGAAAUCAAUCUCCUGAACAUAUGAACUCUGAUUGAAGAUGUGAUGUAAGUCUAACUUAAAGUAUUUCAGAAUCAAGCUAAAUAAGAAUCCAACUCAAGAAACAUUAGCGAUAUCUAGGCAAGGUAUGGAUAAGACAUUGUAGAAUAAAAAACAACAACAACAAUACAAUGCAAAUUUGCAAGUAAGUUCCGAUAAUGAUAUAAACAAGUAGUAAAUCAUACAGAAGACAAAUUAGAGAAUAACAUAAAAAAGAUUGCUGAAAGAAUUGGUUUUUCCCUCGUCCGAGCGACUUUGACACUUCCAGAUUUUGUUACCAUCCCCUCAGACCAGAACCUUGACCGAAUUCAAACAGAAAAACUUUGUAAAUUGUUAAAUUAGAAUGUAUAAGAGUUAUAUUGAACGAAAACUGUGAGAUUAAAUCUUGGUAAGAUACAUGAAAAUUAACAAAAUUAAGUGAAAGCUAAACAUUUGAGCAAGAGGAUUAUUUUUUAAUUUGACAUUGCCUUAUUAACUAUAAAGAAACGAACUACAAGAAAGAGAUAUCGCGGAAACCUUAUAUAUAAUACACUGAGGAUUACAUUACACGUACACUGAUGGACAGGCAGUGGCAAACGCACGCUCUUCAAAGGCGAAGGAUAUGCUAACAGAAAAAUAUAAUAUGGGGACAGAAAUAAUUAUCAUAUUUUGAUUAAGUAUAUCAAUGUAUUCUAUAUUCUGUAUUAAAUAAAAAUUACGAUAUAAUAUAUAUGAAAUAUAUGGGAGAAUACUAUUUUAAAAAUAACUGCGUAUAAAUAUGAAUUAAAACUUGAUGUAAUAAAACAAAGCAUAUAUAUGAAGUAUUCGAAUGUGCAAACCAAGCAAAAAAAAAAACAAUGAAGGAUGUAAAUGGUGUGUCUAUAUGCAUUUUCAGUUUCAAGAAUCUCUUCGUAACACUUCUCACAGGACAGUAUAAUGAUAAUUUAGUUCUAGUCGAUUCAUACCGAACUCAAGCAAAUAAAA